AUGGUAACCUCGUGGAUAUUGAACUCACUCUCUAAGGAUUUAGCAGAUAGCCUACAGUAUGUUAACGAUGCAAAGGAGCUCUGGAAAGAACUAGAGGACAGUUGUCAAUGUGUGUGGGGAGCUAAGGCCAAUAUGCAGAAGGCUGAACAAGAUAGGAGGCUGAUCCAAUUUCUCAUGGGACUAAAUGAAGUAUAUACAGUUGUCAGGGGUAGUAUACUGAUGAUGAACCCCUUACCUAGCAUAGCACAGGCCUUCUCCAUUCUUAUUCAGGAAGAGAAGCAGAGAGAAGUCAAGUCUCAGAAUCAAGUCAUGGUCGACUCUACUUCUCUCAAUGCUAACACUACAGGUGUGAACACUUUUAGGAAAAAUUACUGUCAAAACUCUGCUGGAACUGGUGGUUUCAGAGAAAACUACAAUCCUAACAGGCCUAGGCCCUUUUGUGAGUAUUGCAAGAGGCCGGGAUAUACCAAAGACAAAUGUUAUAAACUCCAUGGAUACCCACAAGGGAUGAAUAGGCCCAAUAAUAAUUCACAGGCCUUCAAUAAGUUCAACAGAGGAAAAGUGAACGUUGCAGAUGCAAGUGAUAGGGUGAACACUGGAGAAAGAGAAGAAGGGAUGUUGCAGGAGCGACGUCGAAACUUGCACAGGGAAAAUACUGGCAAUGCCAACCUAGCUGGUGGUGCUGUUAGCUUUGCAUGUACUGUGACUUGUUGCAAUUCUUUUGAACAUGGUGAUCACUCAUAUGAUUGUUUCGAACCAAAUACUGACUCAUGGAUCCUACACUCCGGUGCCAGAAACUACAUGACCUUCAAGAGAUCCUUGUUAACCAACACCAAAACCUUAGUUUACCCCUUCCUAGUGACUUUGCCAAAUGGUUAUAAGGUCAAGGUGACACUCAUUGGAGAUGUUGUUCCUAGUCCCAAAUUCACAUUAAGAAAGGCCCCUUCAGUGAAGAGGCCUCUGGAGAUUGGUAAAGCAAUUGAUGGUUUGUACUUUCAAUUCUCAAAGUCUAUGUCUAGUACUACUUGUAAUUCUGUGUCUUGUUCUUCCACUUCACAUCACACGCAUGUAAAUAGAGUACCUUCUCAUUCACAAACUGCAGUACAUAGUCCAGAAUUGAAUAAAGGAAGUGGUGAUUCUGUUCUGAAUGUGUUUGUUAAUGGUGUUGACACUGUUGAUUCCUUGUGGCACAAUCGUUUGGGACAUGUACCUUUUGUAAAGAUGAGAGAGGCCACCCUCAGGUUUUGUCGGGAUAUCCAUCUGGCUCAAAGGUUACAAGUCCUAAGUUUGGUCACAAGGAAGAUACAUGUGUCAAGAGAUGUAGUUUUUCAUGAGAAUGUGUUCCCUUUCCAUCUGUCUUUCAAUUUCAAUGACAUAUCCUCUCCUGGGAAGUUUCCUUCUGCACAAGGGAGAUUUCCUAAUGCUCCAGUCUUUCCCUCUGAGUCUGAUGUUCCUCAUGAGUCCUCCAUUGCAGUGUCACCUGAAUCACACCAUGGUGCAAUGUCACCUCAACACAAUCACGACCAAUCAUCACCUAUAUCCUUGCACCAAAGUGGCAACAUAGAAACUGAAUUAGCCCCAAGUAAUCAGGACUAA